GAGAAAUGGCACCAAUCAAGUCCUUAGCAUUAGUUGCAUUUCUUCUUGCAUGUUCUGCUCUUAUAUCUGAGUGCAGGGUGGCGAGGAAAGACUUGGGAGUGGAUCUUGGUGGUGGUAUAGGAGUUGGAGUCGGAGCAGGAAUAGGGUUGGGCAUAGGAGGAGGUAGUGGUGCGGGUUCCGGGGCUGGUUCAGGAUCUGGUUCUGGUUCAGGUUCCCAUUCUAGCUCGAGCUCAUCAUCAAGUUCAUCAGCUUCUUCUUCAGGGUCGGGGUCUGGAUCAAGUGCAGGAUCAGAGGCGGGUUCAUAUGCAGGAUCUAGAGCUGGGUCCGGGUCUGGAUCAAGUGCAGGCUCCGAGGCUGGUUCAUACGCAGGAUCUAGAGCUGGAUCUGCAUCGGGGCAAGGACGUGGUCGUGGUUCAGGAUCUGGUGCUGGGCAUAAUUAA